UGUGUGGAGGAUCGAAGAUGCUGUCCUUCAAAGAAACUCCACACUUUUUCGAAGUCGUCCUUGUAUUCCCUCGAGGGGGAAUCCCAAACGGGGGCAAACCACCACCGACCUGUCGCCACACUAUUAGCCCGACAAAAUACUAAUACCACCGUCGCUUGUUCUCAAAUCUCCCACUCUUCGUCAGUGCACUAAUCUAUCCACAACAGAAGCGUAAACUUUCAUUUAAUUAACGCUGCAAAUCACUGCAGAUCCAUGACGGAAACUUCCCUCGAUGAAGUUUUUCGUUUCUUCGUCGUAGACAUACAAAACGACCGAAGUUGGGGCUUUUUAUUCCGCACGGUCCUCUUCGUGCGCGGCAGAAGCCUCUUGAGGCUGCCAGCGAAGGGUGUGCUGCAGUGUAUGCUGGGUAAUGUAGUUUAGUUUUCAGCCUUUCACCAAACGCGUUUACGGGCGUAAACGUUUAAUAAACUACAUUUUCCUUCAUGAAGACGAUUGAAGACACAGGGAACUAUGGGAUACGAAGUUUUUUUUAUUUACUCUAACCACCCCAAACAUAGUAGCUAGCGAAAUCUGCUGUACUUUCACUGGACAGGGAAAGCUUUAUUUUCCUGCGAAACAUUACUUGUAGCGACUUUAGGUACUUAUAAUUGUUAGCUUUAAGCUAUGUCGUUCUCGUGAAGGCAAAUUACUCAUGUUUUCUUAAGUAUUCAUGUUUUAAACGUCGGUGAAGCAGAGGCAUGCUAACUAGCUGAUGCUACCAUGUUGUCUGAACUAUUGCAAGGCGCUGAUACUGGGGCGGUUCUUAUAAUACAAGAUUCUUGUAGUUAUUCUGGGCAGCACCUACUUAAGAGCUUCAUCAGUGCCGCAUUGAACAAAGAAGAACCUGUCCACGUGCUUGGUUUUGAUGUCAGUGAGGAAGAACUGAAAGAUGGAUUAACAGCAUCUACUCAGAGGUUGCACUUUCACAGUGCUUAUACGGACCCCCUUGGGUGGACUAAUCGGUCGGCUUUUACAGUUCACCAGUUUUGUGUGGAGGAACUCACUCAUCUGCUCAAACAAACAUCACACCCCAAACCAGUGACUUUAGUAAUCGACUCGCUGUCAUGGAUAUUGAGACAUGUGAGUCCACCUGCUGUCUGCAAGACUCUUCAGCAGCUUAAGAAAGGGGGAGCCGUGAGAGCUGUUAUUGGUCUGCUCCACGCAGAUAUGCACCAGAGGGGUACUGUGGGAAGUGUCUGCCACUUAGCUACUUCAGUUAUCACAGUGGCACCUGGAACGAAGGGAGAUGAAGCAGUGGCAAAAAUAACAAAGCGAUCAAAGUCGGGGAAAGUUACGCAAGAUGAGGAGAUAUUCAGCAUCAAAGGGGAUUUCUCAGUUACUGUAGUGAGUAAAACCAGCCAUGCUGGACGCAGACAGACUGAACCAGAGGAACAGCAGACGGACCCAACAGCUAACUUGACUUUCAACAUUCGCCUGUCUGACACAGAGCGCGAGGCCAAGGAGAAACUUGCUCUUCCCUUUGUCUUCAGCAAAGAGAAGAAAACCGCUCUGCUCCAAUCGGGCCCAGGUUCCGGUCGAAUUCUGUAUGAGCCCGAUGCCAACGAUGACUACGACCAGGAGGACCCUGAUGAUGAUCUUGAUGUUUAGAUUUAAGGCAGGAAAAUCUGCUGAAGAUCCACGUUUUAUCUGCUUUUUUUUUUACCAUUGAAGGACUGAAAAGCUUUCAAUGCUUUAAACUUAUUUCAUGUGUGCUAUCUGUUGGAUAUGUACGAGACGUUAUCAUUUCACUUUUUCUAAAAAUAUAAACUUUAUGUUGUUGUUUGUGGA